UCUACAGAGUGUAAACGGCAGCUGAUGUUCAGAUUAGAAAUCCUUAUGGAAACACCAGAACCACACCAGCAGAACCCUGUUCCAGAAAGCAGAGUAUGUUACAUACCCGGAUAAGUUUAAGGGGGUUACAACACAAUAAAAGGUUGUGAGAUCAGCAGGAAGACCAAUCACUGACACUCCGUUCAACCAGCAAGCAGCUCAAAGAAUCAACCAAGACACAGAUGAUGAUGAAAGCCUCUGUCGCCGUGGUGACCUUCUUCAUACUCUUCUCAUCCGUCCUGACAUCUGAGCCUGCCUUUGAGCCACAUACAUGCUGCUUUAACUUCUACCAGAAAAAGAUACCUGCUCAUGUGGUGCAGAGCUUCAGACACACGGACGAGCAGUGUGUCAUGAGAGGUGUUAUUAUUAAGAUGACAAAUAACAAAGACAUCUGUGUUGACCCGUCCUCAGAGUGGGUGAAGAAACUCGUGAAUGUCCCCCAGUGAAGCCCAUCUCCACUUUGACCCAGAAUUCAUAGUUACUGGAUUUAUAAACCUUCAAAGAUAUCAGAGAAGACACAGCUAGAAAAUUUAAGGGCUGCUUUAUAUUAACAGCUAAAGAAAACGCUCAUCAAAUAUAUUGCAAAAUAUAUUCUGCUGCUUUGACACAGUUUGUUUUAUCAUAAAUCUGCUGAAGAAGUAAAUAGUUACUCAAACCUGCAAAUGUACGAAAGAAAAAAAAACAAAACUAUAUUUUCACUUUUUUGUAUUCUUGGGAAUUCAUUUUCUCCAUCUUUCCUUUUAAUGAAUCAAAUUUCAAAACUGCUUUAGAUUCUGACUGAUUAAAUACUAAAACAAUUGUUAAAAUAAAUGGAAACUUUUGACAACAAA